UUAUUAAAUGCAUAAUAAUUGAUUCAGUUAUAAUAAUUAUUUAAUCGGAGUUCAAAUUUCAUAAUACAAACUGUAUAAAACGUAUGAUACAUAUAGUACUGAUGUCACUCUUAGUAUACAAAUUUGACAGUUUACACGGCACAUACAAUUUAUACUUCUAAAAAUGGCGAGAUCUUCGGUUGCGCUUUCAAUAAUCUUCACAAUUUCAGGUAAUCAUAGUUUAUUGUAUUCUUUUUUUUCAAUAAAACUUUUGUUACUCUCAUCAAAUAUAAUACUGAAAAAUGAUGUUUAUUUUUACUUGCCUACUUUACAAUUUAUAAAAUUGUAUAUAUUGGCAAUCCAUAAGAAUUUUUAAUUAUGAAUUUAACUAUCAUUUGUUUUUUUUUCCAACAAAUUGUUAUUAUCACACAUUUGAAAUUGAAACACAUACUAGUAAAAAUACAAGUAAAUUAUGACUAAGUAAAAAUUAUGGUGAACCUCGUUUCAAAUUGUAUAGCUUUUAUGUGAACCAAUCAAAUUGUAUCCAAAGUCCACAUAACAACAAACAAGUUUUCGAACAUUUUAAACAGUUAAAAUAGCUCAAAAAUGGCCAAAAUAUUUUGAAAAUUGUAUUAUUUAGUAAAAAUUUCAGAUCUCAACGAUUAUUUUUCACCGAAUCACAACGAUAAAGCAUUGCUUACGAAAAAACGAUUCUGAGCGGAGUUUAGUUGAUAGUGAUGCUUUGUCAAUAAUAUAUAUGUCAUACUAUAGUAAAAUAAUUAAAAAUCUUUAUAUAUUUUUUUUAUAAUAUUUGUUUAAUUUCGUACUGAUUUUCCCAGUUUUCCUACGUUUUUCCGGGUUUUUCUCAUUUGCUGAGAAAACUCUUGGAGAAAUCUAAAAAUCACCUAACUUUAGGGAGGUAAUUUUUCAACCUUCCCAGUCAAAUUUCCUUUCAGAAGAAUUGCAUUAUUAUAAAAUCAGAGCCGAAAUGCAAGUAAAAAAGGUGUUCACAGGAAAAAAGAAGGCCGUAAUAUAUUUUAACUAAUACUUACAUUUAUUAUAGUUUCCUGAUUUUCCUCCGUUUGAGAUUCGGAGUGUAGCGAAGAAAGUAUUGGUUUUACUAAGACGUUUAUUUUUUUUUUUAUACUGUGUACAAAAAUUCUAACAGAAAUCUUGCUCAGACAUAUACGCGUGGCACUAUUUCUGAAAGGGAAUGUUGUCUAGAUGGUACUUUUGAGAAGUAAUUUUCUGAUUUUCAAAGUGGUUUUCAUAAUAUCUGGGAAAUACCAGGAUAAAACGUAAGAAAAUCGGGAAAUGUACGAAAAUAAUACUUUUAUUAUUUUUCAAUAUUGUUAUUUAUAAUUCAAGUAAAAAUAUUCGUUGAAACUUGAAAUCUAUCAGCAAUUUUGCGCCGAUUUACAAUGAUAGCACUUUUUCUAAAAGAAAAUCUGACUAGGGAGAUGCUUUGAAAAGGUCAUUUUUCGAUUUUUCCAAGAGUUUUUCCGGCAAAUGUAAAAAGCGGGAAAAUUGGUACAAUAUUAAACAAUUAUUAUUUAAGAAAAUGUAUGAUGCCUAUUUAAUUAGUUUACCAUAAUACGACAUAUAUAUUGUUGAGAAAACAUCGAGAAAUUUACGAAAAUAAUGGUUUUAUUAUUUUCAAUUUUCUUAUUUGUUGAAAUUCAGUUAUAAUUAUUGUAGAGAUCCAAAAUUUUUUCUUACGUUUUUUCUAGAUAUUAUGAAAACUGCUCGGAAAAUCAAAAAAUGACUUCCCAAAAGUAACAUCUAGACCAGGGUGGUCCAAUCUUUUGUAGUUGGCGGGCCAAUUUACACUUUCAUAAAAACACUGGGGGCCACGAAAAAAAAAAUUAAAAAUAGUGAUAUUAUUAUUAAUAUUUCAUUUUAUAUAAAGCAUAUUAUAGAUUAAUAUUAACAACAAAUUGAAUAGUAUAAACAGUAUAAACUAUAAAAUGUAAAAUUCAAACGAUCAUGUUACGAUUUUAUUAUAAUAUUAUUGUGAUUUAAUUAUAGGAGGCUAAAAAAAAGGCUUUGAGAGCCACAUGCGGCCCACAGAUCGCCGGUUGUACCACCCUAAUCUAGACAAUAUUUCCUUUCUGAAAUGGUGCCGUAUAUAUCAGAUCAAGAUUUCUGGUAGAAUUUUUGUACACGAUGUAAAAAAAAAAUCAUCAUCAUCAUCAUCAUAGUAUAACCAAUACAUUCCGAUUCAUCCGUUUUUUUCUCUAAUCAUUUCUACUAUAAUCAAAAGUACAAAAAAGAGAAUGAUAUACAUGCACCAAUUAAUAUUAAACGAAAUUCUGGUCAAAACAUCAUAGGAAAAUGUGUUAUUAAUAAAAGUACAAAAAUAUAAAUUUAAAAGCAUAAGCCUUAGACUACUUGCCCACAACCUGACUACAAGAAGCAGGCCUUUGUCUUCUAGGAUAUUAAACUAUAUGCUAGUACGCCCCUGCAGUGAUAAAAUCAGUAUCUUAAAAUAGAAGGCAUGGAAAAAUGAGAGCAUUUUAACUAACCAAAAAAGUGAUUUUCUGAGAAUAAAUAACGCAUCUUAGUAAAACUUAUAAUUUCUUCACUACACUAAAAUGUUAAAACUGUAUGAAAGGUAUGAGGGUUCUCACACAAUAUUUGCCUAACAAAUUAUUAAUUUAAUUUUAAGUUUUUUUUCAAGUUAGUCAAAUUUUAGAACACAAAAAAAUUCAUAAAUAAAAUACCCAUAUAGAACAACCACUUAAUUUUUCUACUAAACAUACAAAAUAAAAUAAUUAAAGAUAUUUUCAUAAAUUUGUCUAUAAUAAUAUUACUAUAAUUUAUAAGGUACAUACUACAUAUAUAAACAUGUAUUUUGAACUCUUUAAUUAUAAAAUCAUCAUAAUUGACUAGUUAGUUUAUGUUAAGUUUAAUCAAUUCCAACAAUUUACAUUUUAUUAUAAUUUGUGUUUUAUAAUAUUCUUUGUUGAUAUCAGUUAUAGUUGUAAACUGCCAAAAUACAAUUUUCCCCAUGAAUUCACAAUUAUGUACAGAUUUAAGAGGAUCAUGUUCUAAAGACAAAGAUUGUUGUACCCACUUCUGUGCAAAAACAUUUUUUUUGUUUAAUGGAAUUUGCAGUGAUCCAAAAACCCUAGUAAAAACUAAACGAUUUGAAACAAACGGUAAUUAUAUUAAAAAAUUAUAAAUUACUUUUGAAUACAAAAAAUAUGAAAAUUGCAUUUAAAUUUGUUUCCCUAUAUGUAUAGCUAUUUAUUAUGGAUCGUGUGCAUAUAACAACAAUACUAGUAUAAUAGAAUCCAAUGAGUUAUUUAAACACUUCGGAGUAAGUGUAGCACAUAAGACAUUAGCCCCAUAUACAAAAGUCAUGGUGGAAUAUGAGAAUAAAAAUAUAAUUGCUACCAUCAAUAACCGAAUUCCAGAGAAUAGUCAAACACUUUUGCAAUUAUCAGAUAUAGCGGCAAAAGCAUUGGGAAUUCGUAAUGGAGGAAAUGUGGAUUGCAAUUUUAUUGUGGAAAAUAAAUUUUUCAUGUCUAGAUUAAUAUAUGGCAUAAUGGCUUACAUAGAUUUUUAAAUGUAAGAAGUGUACUUGCAUUGUGGAUUUCAAAUACUGGGAUAUAUGAUUUAAAAAAUAUAUAAAUUUAUAACCUACCUAAAAAAUGUAUAAAAAUGUAUUUUUUUUUUUUUUCUAUAAAUUUAAAUUUAUAUUAAGUAUAUUAAGUUUAAAUAUGGAAAAUAAAUAUUUCACUGGAAAUGAAUCUGUUAAGGUGAUACAUAUAUUAAAAUAUUUUAUCCUCAAAUUAAUAUUAUGUAAAUUGCAUGUAUUAUUUGUGUUUAAUGUGUAGAUAUUAUCAAUAUUAAUAAUAAUAUUAAAUUCAUUAUAAAUUCAAGAAUUAUUUUUAUUUUUUACUAUAAAUAUUUUAAUUAAAAUUCUUACUUGAAAAUAGUGAAAUACUAAAUACUUGAAUGAAUACAGUAUUGAAAUAGCUUCUUUUUUAUUUUUAUUUUGGGUGAAACUGGUAUAAAAAAAAAAAAAGACACACAUCAUAUAGGUAGUAAACCAGUACACUCCUCUCUGCACCCAGAGUCUAAAAUCAAAUUUUAUAUACAUAUAAUAUAUAUUUUAUAUUUAUUUACUAACUACCGUAAUGGUCUGCCAGUCUUAUGAAAAAUAUUUUAGAUUCUGAAUGAAGCGUAGAAACUUAUGGUUUUACAAUGAUGUUUAUUUUUUUUUGUUCCGUGGACAACUUUUCUACCAGCAAUUUUGUUCUAAUUUAUGUUUCUAAAAGGAAAUCUGGGGAGGUACUUAAAAGAGGUCGUUUUACGAUUUUCUCCAAAGUUUUCUCAACAAAUGUG